GCCUUGCUCACCCACGGUGGUUACUCACCCACGGUGGUUAGAUCAAGCUAGCAUGUCCGGCCGCUAUAUUCGGGUGAUGUUCAUGUGAUAUCCAGUGACCUACUGGAAUACCACCUGCACAACAGUCUGUGCAGGUGCAAGAGGUAUGCACACUGUGAAAUAUUUUCAAAUGAUUGAUGGAAAUUUGUUCUGAACACAGGCAGAAUAGUUAGAAAAUGGAGGUUGUCAUCACAGUGUUGAUUGAACAUUGUGUGGUUUUCUGCAUCCAUCCAAGAUGUCUUAUUCAGGAUGGAGCAAUCUCUUGAUGCAUUCAAUGACAUUUCCAUUGAUAUUGAUUGACAAAUAUGACAAUGAGGAAAACAUGAGAGCUGUUGUCAACAGCACUGAACAAAAAUAUAAAUAGACACUUGCUGUCUAUGACAGAUGUGCCUUCUACAAAGUGACUUUAUCCCUGUCUGCAUUUUACUCACAGGGAGAAUAGGUUCCGUGAGCAACAUCCCUGGGCCACCUCACUGCCUUGACAUACGCGGCUUCAAGGCCUUUCUGGAGUUCGUGACAAGGGGUAUUAAAGGUCAAAUAUUCGAUAAACCUAUCCCCGAUACAGUAGAUGGCAUGGUCUCCAUAUUUCUCGGCUUGCUCGAAUACUUCCAAGGAAUUAUAUUUCUCACCACUAACCAACUCACCACAUUGGACCCCGCGAUGCAGAGCUGGAUCCACUUUGAUCUCAAGUACACUGAAUUGAGCAAGCAAGCUGUAACCAGAGUCUGGAUGACAUUCUUAAACUGGGCUGGUACUGAGAUCUCAGAUGAAGAGCUGGAGAAACUGCUGCAGAGGAGUUUCAAUGGAUGGCAGAUAAAAAACAUUGUUGGAGUUGCGCGUGCGCUAGCCGGGAAAGGAGCAGUCACCUUUGACCACAUCAAAGACACCCGUGCCUACCUUGAAGAAUUUGAUUGCAACUGCACUGGUCCAGGUGGAGCAGAAAACAUGAACUCAUAUACAUGA